AUUGAGACAGCAGAGCAGUGGCAGCAGGGGGCGGGGCGCGCAUUGCUCCUCCCUCACUCCCGGUGUGCUGCUGCUUCUGGUUAGCUGCUGCAGUUGAGCUGAGAGCAGUCAUGUCUGUGUGCUCGGAGCUCGGAUUCUCCAGCGAGGAGGUACUAAAUCUCCGCUUCCCACUUCACCGAGCCUGCCGGGAUGGGGACCUCCGCUGCCUCCGGUCCCUGCUGCAGGGCCCGCCCGGGACCACUGCUAUGCAGCUGGGCAAGGAAGACACCUGCUACGGCUGGACGCCCAUACAUUGGGCCGCACACUUCGGAAAGUUGGAGUGCCUGAUCCAGCUGGUCGGAGCAGGGUGCUCUGUUAAUGCCGGUACGACUCGGUUUGCUCAGACUCCAGCACACAUUGCUGCGUUUGGAGGACAUCCUCACUGCCUAUUAUGGUUGAUUCAAGCAGGUGCCCAUGUAAAUAAACAGGACUACGUAGGGGAGACCCCCGUGCACAAAGCAGCAAGGGCUGGUAGUAUGGACUGCCUUAAGGCCCUUGUGUCCAGUGGAGCGCAAAUAGACUUUAGGAAUGCCAGUGGCUUGACAGCGGCUGACCUUGCACACUCCCAAGGUUUUCGAGAGUGUGCUCAAUUCCUCCUAAACCUCCAGAACAGUCAGCUGAACGGUUUCUAUUGUAGCAGCUCCUUAAAUGGAGGUCAACAGAACAACUCAUCUAAUCAUUUUAAUGGAGGAACAAACAACCGCAAACGGUCUUUUCAUGAUUUGGAGGCCUCUACUUUCAAGAAGCUUAGAACGGAGGCAAGCAGCUUUGUCACAAGUCCGACCAAGUACGUGGCAGGAGGGAUGGAAGAUGAUGAUGAGAACAUGCAUGUAGAAACUCUCUCAGAAAUAUCAGAUAUGAAUGGUAGCACGCACAGUACAUUAACAAACGGACAAGAAAAUAAUGAACACGUUGCACCUCUCGGCGAAAUGGAAACCAGUCCUUCCAAGUGCCUUCUGUCAUCCAAAGGAUUCUGCAAUGUCACAAAUGGGAACCAAGAGAGCCUAGAUGGGCAUGGAACUGCCACUGACCAUAACACUGAAGCUGCGACUUCCCAAUAUUGUGGCUCUUUGCAUCUUAAUGGUAGCCCUGAUAGUUGUAUGACUCCUAGGCCUACCUGGGGGGAGGGGCUUGCUGAUGCUUUGCAGUAUGGAUAUUACCAUGGCUUUGGUGAUUCCGCUGAAAGCUUGCCUGAGUUCAGUAGUCUUAUAGAUCAUUGUGAUUCCGUAAAUGUUGAACAUAAGUACAAAAGUGCAUUCAUAAGCACACUUCACCAAUAUCAGGGAUUCUGAGGUUACCUAAUUGCCUGUAAGAAAUACGUUUUGUAUAAUAAAACAUUUCAAUACUAAACCUUAUAAUUGAACAUAUUGCAGAUGAAAGCCAUUUCUAUUAAGAUGAAUUAUGGAGGAUUUUUAUUUUGUUGCUGGUUACAUUUCCAGAGAAAAUUUCCAGGCAGUGCUGCCCAGCUUCAUAAUUUAGGCAAUGGUUGUUGGCAUUUCACAAUCCCCAUUAAGUUGUCAUUUUUGUUAAAAGCAGCUUUAAAUGCGAAAACAACUUUUGUACAUGUGAAAAUGUUCAUUGUUUUUGUAGCACAUAUAGAUGUAAAACGUUUACCAAUGCACUUCUGUAGGGACGUUUGGAUCCCUGCAAUGUGAGAAAACAAAGUAGACUGGUAUAAGGGCAGGGAUUUUCUAACUCGCAAGUGCUUUUUUUUUUUUAUCCACUUUUGUAACUUUUUUGUUUCUUUUCUAAAAUGUUUAGAUUCAUAGGCAGCUAACCUAGUAGUAACUACAUGCGUUUUACUAACGUUAAUGUUGGUAAAACCAUUACUAGGCCUUUAGUAUCAUUCUGCUUGUGUUACAGUUUUAAAACAUUUGUUCCAUCCACAUGCAAGUACUGUGGGUAUUGUAUUGUGGAAAGCUAUAGAUCAGGGGUUCUCAAACUCGGUCCUCAGGACCCCACACAGUGCAUGUUUUGCAGGUAACCCAGCAGGUGCACAGGUUACUUGUUAAAAGGUCCGCAGGUGGAGUAAUUAUUUCACUUGUGAUUUUGUGAGGAGACCUGCAAAACAUGCACUGUGUGGGGGGGGUCCUGAGGACCGAGUUUGAGAACCUGUGCUAUAGAUAGUUCUGAAUGCAUUAGACAUGCAUUUUUACUAGCAUUUAAAGAAAACAAAUCUCACUGCUGCAGUGCAAGUGUGUACCUGGCCUAAAGGUUACUUGGCUUUAGAGUCCCUCUGUCUGUAGGCAUUACUGCUUACAUUAAAUGAUGAGGCUGCCUCCCCUAUGUCACACUUAGCUAUUCAUGCUAAACAUUAAACCCAGUUAUGUUGAGAAACAAUAUUGAUGCUUGAUAUCAUGAGCAGACAAUAAUGUAUCAAACACCAUAAAAGGACUUGGUAAUACAUUCUCCUUGGCCUAACCAUUGUCUAUGUGAUGUUACAAAAGUGAGCCGUUAGCCUUUUGACUUUUUAAAAAUGUUUUCAUUUUAUUUCUUUUCUAUGCAAAAUAUUAAGGAAAGUGGUUAAUUCUGUUUUGUUUCAGUGUAUCUUUGUAAUAGAUGUCAAUAUGUUAAUAUUCAAUUACUAUGUGCCUAUGUUUAUUGUAUAUGGUUAAGCAGUGCUUAUUCCUUAAUAUGUAGAUAUAUUGUGCUCAAAGUAAACUUUUUAUGUAAAGGACAAGUCCACGUCUAGUGGAGCUUUCGUUAAAUAAAUAGCCCCCAAAGUUAAAAAUAGUCUGCUCUAGCUGCCAUUACUGGAGGGUUAAGUAUACGUAUAGUCCUAUAAUUGAGCUGUUCCUCUUGCUUUUGGCCUAGAGGUGAGGUUACCAGUUUGAAAACCUCCAUUACUUGCUGUAGAUUUAAUUAAUGAAAACAGUGCAAACUUAGGAGAUGUUAUGUAUAAACGAUGUUCUUUUUUUUUUCUUUUUUUGUAGACCAAAAAGGUUGUUUUUUCAUGUUUAGUUAAUAGCUGUUCAGGUUUGUUUUUACUUUGAGCUGACACAAUUAAACAAGGCAGUCUGAUAUUUUCUUGGCUGUGUUAAUUUAAGGUAUGUUGGAGGCUACAGUUUAUGUAAGGCAAGCUUGUCUUAACUACAGCCUAUAAUAGUCUGAACUCAUGUUUGCAGGAAAGGUAGUUAUAUCAUUUUAACACAGCAAUUCAGAGUAAUAAGUGAGAUGUGGCCGUAUGGCUUGUUUUAUUAAAUCUAAAACUGGACAAGACUUUAAAGGUCCCGUCAUUGUGUUUGCAUAUUAAUUUGGUAUGGCUUGAGUGGGGUUUUUUUUUUUUUGUAGCUUAAAAUCAUUGCUUUUUGUGUCUGUGUGUAUUCUCAGUAUAUCUAUAUUUGCUGCAAGUUUUGCUUUGUUACAGCUGAGAUUGCCACUUACUCAGUGCAAGGAGUGAAGAGGUACCAUAUGUACUGCAUAAGGAUAUAUGGUGCUUAUGUAACCAUUUUUACUUUGUCUGGUGACCAGGCUACAACCUUAAUUCCAGGUUCAGACCGGACUAAUCGAAAUACAAGUUCACUGACAGUCUGCUCAGCUUGUAGUCAAACUCCUGCUGUAGCAGUUUCAGAUAGAAACUAUAAAUGGAAGCUUGCUUAUCGCCAUUAUUAGCAGAGCUGACAAAGCAAUAUACUGCAUAAGCCUAUCCUCACUGAGUUGGUGGCACAAGCAUUUUUGUUCAAAAACCAACAUGAUCUGUUUUGACUAUUAUUUUUCUUCAGGUUUGGUUUUGAUUUUUUUGUACAGUUGAACAUUGCAAAGGGAAUGCAUGUGCCCUGAACCGUUUGUUUAAAAAAAGAAAUAAAACUGUUAAUGCAUUA